UGCUUAUUUUUUAGUGUUUAGGGCUGUUGCCAAUAUCCGUUCAUUAUACAACUGCACCGCCUCUCCUCAGUAUAUAUACCCCUUUUAGUCCGUCUGGACAUCCUAAUCUUUGGUAACCUUAUAGUCGUUAUUGGCUAUACCAAUUCUGUUUUCCGUCAAGUCAUUCACGAUGUUUGGCUACUCUUUCAUUCUGAGCGUCUCUCUUGCGGCUCUUUCUAUCAAGAGUGCAUAUGGGGCAGCAUUUAUCCCGCAAAGCCCAAUAGCGAGAAGUAAAGUUUCGUUUUCUGCUCAGUCAAAAAGAGAUGGUAUUCAAGCUGCCAAUGCCGACUUUGUGCCAUUAUCGCUAGAUUCUCCAAUCACGGAGGACGGCCGUUGUGGUGUCAAUUUCGGCACCAGAUGUGAGAACGAUGAAUGCUGUUCUAGCGAAGGAUGGUGCGGAACAGGAUACUAUUACUGUUCGGCUCCUGCGUGUCAGUUUGACUAUGGUCCUCACUGCGAUGCCAAUAGGCGACCCAAAGGGGCUGACACUGAAGACUGGCCCCGAGAUCAUGUGGGUUCUGUGCCAUAUGGAGAAGCAAUUUAUCAUUGCUCCAAGCCGGGCACUGUAGCCUUGACUUUUGACGAUGGCCCGUGGGACUACACCGAGGCGCUGUUGGACAUUCUUGAGGUUCAUACUGAUGUAAUAAUACAGGAACGUGGGGCUAGAGCUACCUUCUUCAUUACAGGUCGCAAUCUGGGAAAAGGAGCAAUCAAUGACCCAUCCACAGACUGGCCUCGUCUUAUCCAUCGUAUGAAGGCGGAUGGGCACCAAAUCGGCAGUCACACUUGGUCCCAUCAACGCCUGCCCACGGUCGACAGGUCACGAGUCCGUCAGCAGAUGCUCUUUAACGAGAUUGCCAUUGCAGACAUUCUUGGCUUCUUUCCCACAUAUAUGCGACCCCCCUACUCUGCCAGUGAUACAAACGUCGAUGAGUGGCUCGGCGAAUUGGGAUACCACGUCACGUAUUUCAAUCUCGACACUGAAGGUUACUUGCACGAAGAUGAUAUUGAGAUCUCCCAGAUUAUUGCUGAAAAGGCAUUUGAAGGAAAGGACCCAGAGACUGAUUCAUACCUCCAAAUCGAACACGACACAGUAGCUGAGUCAGUGCACACUCUCGUCCCGUACCUCCUCGAUCUUCUUUACGAUGCCGGUUUCGAGGCCGUAACUGUCGGUGAAUGUCUCGGAGAUCCAGAAGAGAACUGGUACCGAAGGCCAGAUGGAGAAGAUCAGAAGCGGAUUCUCACAGCGAAAGAGAUUCAAGCCCCCCAAACCCCUCGUUUCCCCGCUAAUGGGUCUUACCCUGCCGUUAACUCCUCCGUCCCCGUGGUUUAUCAUAACCCUACCACUGACGGUCGUUGCGGUCCUUCACAUGGUAACACUACUUGUAUGAAUCAGAAAAUUGAGAAUUGUUGUUCUCAGCGUGGAUGGUGUGGAGCGACCGAAGCCCAUUGCAUGAAAGGCUGUCAGGAGGGAUUUGGUCGGUGCGGGAUGUUUGGUCAUUCUGGUCACUCUAUGGUUUAA